GAGCACCGCCGCGAGCUGCGGUUCAGGUCCCCGACCAGCAGGUGAUAAUGACCAGGCAGGAGAUGCAACAAAUGGUGGCGGAGGCAGCUGCGCAAGCGGUUCAGCAAGUCACAAACAGUCUCUCUCGGGCUACAGCAACGUCGAACACUGUUGCAGGGUCACGCCAAAAUGCGGAGGAGGAUGAAUUCAGCUAUGGUGGAGGCGAGCCCACGCAUGACCGGGAGAUGGAGAGGAUGGCGGAACAGCUGCGCCAAUUGCAGGCUAAGGUGGAUGGUCGAGCGGAGAGGCGUGCUCGAGGACACCCGUUCUCGGCAGACAUACUAGCAGCACCCUUGCAAAAUAAUUACAAGGAUACCAACUUGGUGUUCGAUGGGACUUCUGAUCCGUCGAGACACGUGAGGACAUUUGAAAAUAUGGCUGUGUUGCAUGGAUAUACUGAUCCCGUUAGUUGCAGGGCCUUUUUAUCGACCCUUAGGGGAGGGGCGCUCGACUGGUUCCAACAGCUCCCCCCAGGCUCGAUAGUGGACUUCGAGGAUUUUGCAGAAAAGUUGACAAAUCAAUAUUCGAGCGCGGUGGCUCAGGAGAAAAUGUAUUUGACAUUGAUGGCGAUAAGACAAGGCGAGAAGGAGUCACCGCGCAAAUAUGUCGCUCGAUACAAUCAGGCUUGUUUAGAGAUUCCAUCGGCGGUCGAUGAGGUCAAGGCGGGCGGAUUGAUUAGGAGUUUGCGGGCAGGACCGUGUCGGACUUCUCUGGCUAAGACGCCUGCUCAUACGUAUGAUGAGGUGUUUAGGAGGUGUAGGAAAUAUAUUAAUCUCGAGGAGACCGAGGCGGAGUUUGCCAAACUAGAGGAGUUAGGUCGAGGGGAGUCGAGGAAGGAGAAAGCAGAUGCAGCAGGGGUGGUGGUGGUGCCUCACAAUGAUGCCUUGGUAAUUACGGCUGAAGUUGCAGGUUUUGACGUAAAAAGGGUGUUCAUAGACACAGGGAGUUCAGUCGAUAUCAUGUUUUAUGAUUGCUUUGUGCAAAUCAAUUUGGAGUUGAAUGUGGAGCUGAAGCCGGUGGCCACGGCCUUGUAUGGUUUUAACGGCGGGGAGGUUAUGCCAAUGGGAGAAGUGACUCUAUCUGUAGCACUGGGAAAGGGAGCAACUCGGAAGGUUCGAAUGGUGAGAUUUGUGGUCGUAGGAGCUGAGUCAUCCUACAACAUCAUAAUGGGGAGAACGAGCCUGAACGCGUUCCAGGCGGUCGUAUCCACGUACCACAUGACAAUCAAAUAUCCG